GAGAUGCUGCAGAAGGAGGGGGACGGAGUUCAGGUUGAGGUUUCGGGUGCGAAGUCAUAAAGUUUACAAACUUCAUAAAAGCAGCACGUUAGUCUUGAAUAUCAGACAGCUGGACACCAAAUAACAAAUCUAGCCAUGAAGAUGAACAUGUCAGAGAAGAAGCGGUGAGUUUGUGUCACUGUUAUGUGUCAGAGAUCGCAGGUUUGGAAGUAGUACGUGCCGGAUCGAGGAUGACGGAGGCGGGAGCGGAGCGCGAGCGGCGGAGAGACGUGCAGAGGAUGGUGUGUGUGUACGACUGCCGCUCGGAGAGCCGCGACGCGCCGCCGCGAGCGAUCAUCGCCACCGCGGAGCUGGACUACAGCGGCUUCCUGCGGGCUCUGAGACAGAAGUUCUGUCUGUCACCGAACGAGACGUUUAUUGUGAGCUCCACGGACCGAAGAGAGAUCACCUCUGACCUCUACAAGGAGCUGGUCGAUGGGAAAACCUUGCACCUGUUGAAGUCUAUGGAUCAGGAGCUGACUGCAGCGACUCAAGAGCGGAUUGAGUUUCUGCCGCACUACCAUACUCUGGUGCAUUGUGGCAUGUACGAGUACUACGCCAGUGAAGGACAGAAGGCGCUGCCAUAUGCCUUCGCUGAGCUCAUCGAUAACGCUCUGUCAGCCACCGCAAAAAACACAGGAAUCAGGAGGAUUGAAAUCAGAUUGAUGUUUGACGAGUCUCAGGGAGGACCUGCUGUUGUGGUGAUGGAUAACGGCUGUGGAAUGACAUCUAAACAGCUGAACAACUGGGCCGUGUACCGUCUAUCCAAGUUCAUACGAGAAAACGGCACAAAGAGUGAAGAAAGCGGUUACGUGCGGCCGGAUCCAGUCCCACGCAGUCUGAACAGUGACAUCUCGUAUUUCGGAGUCGGAGGCAAACAGGCUGUGUUUUACAUCGGCCACUCUGUCCGAAUGAUCAGUAAACCUGCAGGCUCUCCAGAUGUUCAUGAAUUUGUGAUGUCUAAAGACGACUUUGAGCGCAAGGAGGUGAACAAGGAAGACAUUUACACUGGCUUCAUUAGAAACAGAAAGCCUGGCGACUGCUCGCAUGUGGCGGCCGGCGAGGAGCAGUUCCUGCGCUCCAUUGUGAUGGAAGAAGAAGCGAAGGAGAGUUUCACUGCAGUCAUCAUCACUGGAGUCCAAAAGGAACACGUCACUUACCUGAAACAGAAUAUCAAUGUGUGGACCCGAGAGCUGGCACAUACAUACCAUUACUAUAUACACGGAGUUCAUGGAAACGACCAGAGGAAAAAGAGUGAAAAUGACCAUGUCUCCAACAUUGACAUUCAGAUUGUUUUGCUCGAGCGCUCUCCUCGAAUCCCCCGUGUGAUGAAUCUGAGGGAGGUAGACGAUGACAUGCAGUCUCUGUAUAUCAACUCAAGCUUUUCCACUUUUGAGUUCAAAGCCAACGGCGCUAGAGAUUCUUUAGUGGAGGGACUGAUCCGUUAUCACCCAUUCCUCUACGAUCAGGAAACAUACCCAGUGGAUCCAUAUGCAUUAGGUCCUUCAGAGGAUGAGGACGAGGAGUGUUUGAUUUUGAACUCUGAAGCUAGGGGCAAGCGGCCGAUCUUUGAGUGCUUCUGGAACGGGCGGCUCAUUCCCUACACCACUGUCUCAGAGUUCGAGUGGUGUACAAGGCCUAAGAAAGCAGGUGCCGUGCCGCUGGAGUGUUAUAACCGGAUUUCAGGAGUUCUCUUCGCCAACGACCGAUUCCAAGUCAGUACCAACAAACUUACCUUCAUGGACCUGGAGCUUCAGCUACGUGACAAAAACACCAUUUUCAAAAGAGUGCAGAAUGGCCAGGAGCUGCGGGUGAACAUUCAGAGGGAGUUUACUAACUGGUUAAAAGAAUGUAAUGAGCGCUUCGAUAAGCAGGUGAUGUUUCAGGGAUUUAAGGGCUUGAUGACGCGUACAGAUGUGGCCACCAAACGGCUUCAGUCACCCUGGUCUAUAUUCCAAUCCAUUAGUUGGGACGGCAAGAUUUAUAAGAAAGGACAAAAUGUGAAGUCAGUAAAGACGAUCCCUGUAUUAUUUGGCUCUAUAGUUAAUUUCUUGCUCUACGGAGAGCAUGAAGAAGACGUGUAUGCCACAGGAGGAUAUGUCCAGAUUGCUCUGGAACCGAAGGAGUUGUAUAAUGAGAUGAAGAUCAUUCCCAUCUCUAAGAUCGACAGGCUGGCCGCGCCCGCAACCAUUAAGAAGAAAAUCGAAGAAGAGCUUGCAAAACUUCCAGACAAGCUGAGGGUUACGUGGCCUGAGGGAAAUGCUUGGGCUGAGAAUGAUGCUCGUCCGGCCGGCACAAUCAUCGGUCCGAUUAAAGUGGAGAUUUUGAACAAAAAAGGAGAUUCAAUUUCUCGGUUGCCUGUGCCUGGCACUAUUAAGAAACUGGUGGUUGAGCUGAAAGUCAUCUGGCACAGUCCUAAAGGAGACGUCCAGACGAACUCCUACAUUUGUGCUUAUUCAUCCAAGUGGGAAUACUGGUUCAAGCCCAUGGGGAAUCUCAGUAAGCUUGGGAAGUACACACUGCAUCUGCAGACCAUGCUGAGUGACAACCCUGCCAGCGAAUGGGCUGGAAAAAGACUCCCCAACCACUCCCUCAAGUUCUCCAUUAAAGAAGGUGAAGCGAAGUCUUUUGUUCUAGGUGUCACUCCCUCUCCCGUCCACGUCGGCGUUCCCUUCAAUAUUCCUCUAGAUUUUAAGGAUGAGUUUGAUUAUCUCACCCAACCACCCUGUGACAUUAAACCCCAGCUGGAAUGUAGUUCACUGCAGCUGAGUUACGAGGGGAUCACAUUUGGGAGCACUUGUGUCAUCAGAAACGUGAGGGCCAUGGGAAAGAUCAGUCGUCAGAACAAGAUGCACACAGUGAAGGUGCACAUCCCCGGGCUCAAGCAGGACAGACAGUCUCUUCAAAUUGCUCUGCAACCUGGCCCUCCGCACACUCUCGUGGUGUUUCCAGACAGUGAUGUGCUCUCCGUUGAGAAUCGAACUCCAGUAAACUUCAAAGUUGAGAUUCACGAUGAGUACCAGAAUAUCACCACUCAUCCUAAACUCACCGUCCGCUGCCAGCUGCUGGGAGCCCCUGAUCUGCCCGUGGAUGUUGUGGACUGCAGUAACACUGGAUCUGGAGUCCUUCUGACCAAACCACUUCUGCUGAAGACCAUAAACAAUGAGCAGAUCCUUACUGCCAAGUUCAACAUUCCUAACCACAGGACAGUGGCCUGCGUUGAACGUAAGCUGCGUGUCUUGCCCAGCUCACAGAUAUCCCGUCUGGAGGUCUACAGACAGGAAGAGGGCUCUGAUGAUGUCAUGGUGCUGCAGAACGCAGAGCGCAUUGAUUGGACGGCUGGAGACACGCUAGGAAACCUGCGCUUCAGACUGUAUGAUGAGGGCAAUAGACUGGUUUCCUUUCAGCCGAAACUCACCAGCAAGUUUAAAGUGACUUGGACAGGAGAUAUAAACGCAGAAGAGCUUUCUCAGGGAAAACUGCCACCUUUAAGUGUCCCGACUCAAGCACAGCGAGAGCAUUUCUACUACGUGUCUUUCCACGAGCAUCACACGGUUGAAUCUUCCUUCAUUAUUGUGCCUCUUCCAGAUGAGCCCGAGCGUCUGCGGGUCAACCUCAGCGAGUCGACUGUCAAAAUGGGAGAAAUUCUGUCAGGAAACAUACAUGUAGAAGUUGUUGAUCAGUACGGGAACAAGACAGACUGUCUGAACAAUGACAUUGUGAAGAAUAUGAGUGUGUCUGCUGAUGGUCUGGAUCAAUCAGCUCUGGCCAUUGAAUGGCAGGCCAGUAGUGGACUGUUGUCUGUAUCUGGGGUCCGCUUCGUGGGAGGGUCUCUUGGCCCGAGGAAGUUGUGCUUCAAGUAUCAAGAAAUGAAUGAAUUUGUGCAAAUGGAAGUCACUGCGGGACCUCCGGUACAGAUAAAGUUGCUGAAGGAGCUGGAGAUGCCUCUCCAGGUGGUGAACGGCCAGGGCUUGGACGCGCCGCUCGUCGUGCAGCUGUGUGACGAAUGGGGAAACCCUUCACCAGACCAGCGGAUCGCAAUCGCCAUGAAGGCUCUGUCGCCACAGUUGAAGAUAAAGUCCUCAGUAUCAUCUCGGUUUGUAGAUGCAGAAGGAAAAGCUUACUUCAUAUUAGAAAUUAUAAGUGGUCCAAAAGGGGAGCAUCAGUUGGAGUUUGGGGGGUCUUCUAACAGGAACGGGAUUAUUCCUGGGCCUGUAGUAAAACUAAAUGUGAUUCCCGAUCCCAACAAACCCGUCGAGCUCAGUAUCAGUUAUGACAGCGCUGCCAAAUUAUGUGCAGGGGACAUUUUCCCAGUGUUUACUGUGGUGGUGAUCUCUGAGGAAGGCACUCCGGUGAAAACCAUCUCCCCGGCAAACCUCUCGAUGCUGCUGUGGAGGGGCACGGCAUCAGACUCCGAUCUCCGACCCUUUAACGCCACGACUCUGAUGUGUAGCAAACGCAAAGACACAGAAAAGGAUGACUGCUUCUGCUUCAGGGAUAAGCAGAUUCCAGAGCUAGCAGGGCAGUAUGUUGUCCAGUUUUUUUUGGUUUUGGACAAAAUCAAUAAUCUGUGCAGCAAGCAGAUUCCACUAAAUGUCGUUCCCAAUAAAGCUGUGAAAUUAGCCCCUGAGACUCCACCUUCAACUCCUGUUGUGUCCAAUAGUAACAUUCGGGCCAAUCGCACACUGCUGGACAGCUUCAGUCUGAAGAUCAUGGAUGAAUACAGUAACGCUGCUGGUGAGGGUUUAGAUGGAAAAGUGAUUGUUACAGUUAAAGGUACUGGAGAUGUGGUGCUUCCUUUGUUUGAGAAUGGAGCUACAAGCGUGUCAUACAGCCUCACUAACGGCGAGACUCUUAUUACCGAUUUGGCACUUUUGGAGAACAGUCCUGGUGUGGAUGGAGCCGAGUACAUACUUCAGUUCAAUCCUCAGAUCCGGCAGACUGGGGUUACCAUCGAUGCAUACACCCUGCCUUUCAGAUUCUGCAACGAUGUAGAACAGCAGAAAGUCAUUGUGAGUCUCAGUAAGAAGAAAGAUCGACUUUCCCAAACCGUUGUUAUUUUCCGAGAAGUCUUUGAAACUAAUAAUCAACUGAAAUCUGAACUUGAAGGUCAGGUGCAAGUUGCGACUCUCAAACUAAAUGAGCUCAAAACAGAGCUCCAAAAAAUUGGUUUAGACGUCUCUGAAAUAACCACUGUAUCAGCAAUAGACAAAGUUAUAAAUGGCAAGAAAGCAAUUUUGACCAAAAUGGAGAAUCAGCCUCGGCGGAAAUGCAGCAUUUCUGACCCUUUCAAAGGCAGCCCGCAGGUUUUGGGAAAGGUGGGUCAUCUGGCUCUGGUGGAGGAUGAUGAUGCAGCGAAGGUGAUCUCUUGGCAUCUUCUGGGUGACAUGGACUGUGUGGUCACUGAAACGACUUCUGCUGCCAAGAGAAUAUAUGAUGACACGCAGGGACGACAGCAAGUCAUUCCCCUCGAGACGGUCUUCUGGAGACCAAAUGACAGGCCUCUGCCUCACAUCAAGAAUGACACGCUUCUCUUCCAACCCGUUGGUAAUCCUGUGUUUGUCAAAGAUAUUCUCAUUUUUCCCGAGCACAUAGAAAGCUGCAAUAAAGUUUUUGCAAGUCUUCUUGGAGAAACCAUACUAAUCGAUGACUUGGAUUCUGCUAAUGAUUAUCGACGGGGGGUGGUUCAGAAUAAGAUGCAGUGCCCCACGCUCCUAACGCGUCAGGGCGAGCGGAUACGCAGCAACGGGAAGUUCGGAGGACUGCAGAACAAGGCUCCGCCCAUUGAGAAACUUCGAGGACAAGUGUUUGGAGCGCCGUUACCCAAAGAGCACAACCUCAUACGCCAUCAGAUAGAGUUACUGCAGCAGUGUCGUGUUGCAAUGCAGAAGGCGUCUAAGGUCCGGUCUGAGUAUAACAGUCAUGUGGAGCACCUGCAGAGUCCUCAGAUGAAACAGAAACAGCAAGAGCUCCAGCAGCAGGAGCAAGAGUUACGAGAUCUUGAGGAAACCCUCGCCAGAACUCCUGAGCAAAUGUACGCUGCGAGAGUGAAGCGAGGACUUGAGCCAGGAUCUCCCUCGGUCCCUCCUAAAAGAGCCCGCCGCAAACUAGAUUCAUGAACUAACGCGAGCUGACGGCUGAUGCAAUGUUUUUUUUAAUGAGUUUAUCCAGAGUGUCUUAAGAUUCUCACAUAUUUUAUGUUCUUUGCAAAUCUUUUUGUUUUACUUUUCACUCUUUACAGACUUUAAGCAGAAUGCAACAAAGUUUUAUAAUUGGACUGUGUCCAUAAUAUAUUUUGUAUCUUUUUAAGAAAAAAAAAGUUUUUAAACUUACAUCAAGUCUGGUCUUUUUUAUACUAAACCUAAAGCAAUCACACUCUCAGCGAAAUCCUAUUCAGAUGGGUUUGUUUUCCUGCCACGUGUUUAAGUCCAGUGUAUACGUAGCAGAUGCAUACAGCUUAAACCAGCAUUUCAACACAUGUAAUGAUGGAUUUUAGUACGUUCUCAUCACCAAGGUUCCCUCCACAAUAAAUCAAUAUGAUUUAUCCUUGACAGCAAUAAAAAAAACAAUUAUCUUUACAAAUUUUCAUAAAUUUUUAAGCUUAAAUGCAAUACCCCAAAGCUACACAUUUCCAGUCUUUAUUUAAAAGCUUUUACCUUGAACGUUUAAGUUAGAAUAGUUGGCGAGAGCGUGAUCGUGAACACAAUGAAGCUGUGAGUGUGACCAAUGAGAAGAUGAGUUUACGUGUUCGGUGUGAUUUGUGUUUAAUGUCCCCUUUUAGACACUUGUUAUGCCUUUUUACAUACAGUAAAUGCUGUAAUAAAAUCACAAGGUGGUUUUACUAAUGUAUUUUGUUGUAGAAUAAAACAUGAAAAUAUUGUG